AUGAAUGAAUGGUUGGUUGUUUUGUUUUGCUUGAGAAUUCAAUUCUAAUAUUAAUUGAAUAGAAAUGUUAGGAAAUUUAAAAGAAUUUAUAUCUGUAGUCCAAGAUGGUUUAAGUGGAAAUAAUAAUUUGAGGCAAACUUUGCAAGAAGUUCAGAGGGUUAAGAAUAUUUUUAAAGAGAAACCGAAACAUUCCAGCGAAGCGAAAGUGAACUAUGGGGCUGGUGGUGCCUUAUUAGAGAAAUAUCAAACUGACUGGGCUGAGAUUCAUGCAAACACCGAAACAAAUGCUAAGUCUGCUGAGGCUGUCGACAGGACUGUACAAGAGUUGCACGAAAUUACAAAAAUUAGGUUGCAAAGUGCACAUGAAUUGAGUCAGAAUUUGGCCCAAUUGCCUGGAUUGGCUGCCUCAGUGGCGCAGUGUAUGGAGAGUUUGAGGAAUGUACAGACUCUAAUGAGGAGUGUGGAAGAAGAAUUAAUCCAAUUUGAGGAUAUUGUAGAAAGGAGUGCAAUGGAGAAUUGGAAACUGGAUCAUCAUUAUCAUCUAACUUUGUACAAGGAAAAGAAAAUGGCAGCGCUAGAAGACAUCAGACAUCAAUUGGCAAAAGAGAACACGCUGCAAUCCUGUGUGAGAGAGAGACAGCAACUGGCAGACUUACAGUACAAGAGGGAGACAAGCGCAGCCGCAUUCCAAAGCGACAUGGCUCGGUAUUUGAGCAGCAGGGCUGUGCCAGAAGUUCAUUCUUCUCAACCCAAAAUCACUCUGGAGCAAGUACAACUAGACGACGAUAGGACAGACCUGGAGAAUUUCCUGGAGAGUUGAACCCCGUGAACACAGAUUACUAAAGUAGGAUGAACUCAUAGAAUUCAUAAUAAUUUAAGACAAUAGAAAUGGCAUAUUAAACUUGGAGCUACAGAAAUGAUAAGUUGUUGUUGAAAGGAGUUCUACUUAACUUUCUAUAAUAUUGACUUGUUUCUCAUGCAGUUUACUGUACAAUUGUAUAGUAUAUCUGGC